CGAGUUAAACGUCAGUUUGUCGCCGGUUUCUCUGCAAAACUGCCGUUAGCACAUGCUAGGAGUAGCACAAGGGGUAACUUGCGCCACUUCAGCUGUGUUUGAAACACAAAUAGCUCGCUUUUACUUUCAGAAACUGAAUACAUUGUUUCAAAACAGGUGGAAAGUUGUUUUACACCGUUGUCUUCUUAAAGUAGCUUGAAGUCUUCUUCCACGGCAGUAACGGCUGAGCUUAGGGCUCUGUGUGUAUCAAACGUCGGCGCCAUCAUUCAGACGUUAUAACCUCAAAUAUUGAUCCUUAUAUCGAUCUCAGUCGUCAGAGUGCUGAUUUAGCUCACACAUGACUGCAGUAGGUUGAAUGUCGAUGUGACGCAGCUGCAAAAGGAAAUAUACUCCCUUUAAUGAGGGAGAGUCUGUUCGUUAUUGACGGAAGUAGAGAUGUGGGAAGGUACCUGGACAUUUCUGAAACGUCUUUUACUGCAAUGGUAUACUUUAGCUACACUUUUUAUAACCUACUGUUUCAGUCUUCAUUUAUUGACGUUUUGCCUUGCAGUACAAAACUACUUGAUUACUGAAACCUUGCAAAUUAAUGACUGUAAAAGCAGGAUAGUGAUUGGAAAAAAGGGAGGGCUGUGAUGAGGAACAUAGUGCAAAGUGCACUAAACUGCAGAAGCUUGUGGCUGCCCCGUACUCUUGGCUUUAUUUCAGGUGUUUGUACUUUUGUUGGGGAUUUUGUGUGCAGAUACCAAGAUACUUGUAUUCAUUGCCGUGUAGUUUACUGUAACAGCAAGCCAUUUAAGUUGUAAACCAUUACAGAAUAGUAUUCCCAGCAAGUGAAAUGCUAUUAUCAUUCUAUUGAAAUACCAGAAUAAGAUAGAAAGUAUUGCUGCCUGCCAAGUUCUUCCAUUCAUUUAUGUAUAUGUGAUGGAUACUAUCAGCAAAGGAGGCUGGAUUUUCAUUGGCUCCCUCCUGAAAAGAUGGAAGGCUGAACUGACAAAAUCAGCUGAUCCUUGCUGCUUGCAGAUCCAUCUGUGUCCUGAAUGGAGCUCUUUGAAUACUGCUUUGCAUCUCCAUCAGAGCGAUACACCCCUUGUUCUACCCCAGGGCCCCUAAAGGGCCCCCUGCUUGGAGGGUUCCCUGGGAGCUCUCUCCUGAUUGGCCAGCAGGCCACCUCCUUGCAACUAACUCAACUGAAAGCCCGGCUCGCACUGACUCAACUGAGCAACGCACUUGCCUUUGGCAGCCAGGGGACAACAUUUGCAACCAACUCCAAGAAACCUGUGCCCUACAUAUCUGCAACUCCUCCCUCUCCGACUGCUGCAGCCAUCAAUCUUCUCAACCUUCUGAAGAUUGCCAACACCAUGUCACAUCCUCCGUAUAACCCAUAUGCCCCAGGGAAACGAAAUCCCUCCCAGGGGGUGUAUGGACUCUCGAAUAUACCGAUGGAAAGGGACCCACGGGGAUUACCCUCAUUUCCUGGACCUGGUUCUAACCUCAGUCCUUCUGGAGCUUCUUCUGUCAACUCUAGGCCAGUGAUCCCAUCAUUGAUGUCUCUUCCUAUAAGUUACAGGCCUGAACAAAGUAGGUCUGAAGUAGAGGAGGAUAUAGCUAGUUCUGUAGACAUGCAUAUUAGCAGAGCCAGAGAGGAGGUGAGAUUUCUUGGAAGAUCAAUAAAUCAGCAUAUGGACCAGGAUAGUCACUUUCCCAGCACACACAGAGAGGAGUUUCGAUCUUCGGGCACAGAAAUGGACACAAAGUCCUCAGCCCCUGUCUCUCGUGGUGAUAGACAAAACUUGGAAACUCAGAGUGACAGCAGGUCCUUUGACUGGUCAUCAAACUACAGACGAUCUACAGAGGAUGUCUCUAGAUUUAAUAUGCCACCUCCUUUUCCUAGCUCCAUAAGUAGCGAUGAUGUCCCCCAUGAAAGACAACACGAUACGACAUCCAUCCCUGGGUUAGGUGAUUAUGACUAUCCAGUAUCACAUGAAAUUGCAGCGCCUACACGGUCCAGCAAACCAAAGUACACCUAUGAGACGGCUUCUCAAAUCCUGAAGCAAUUUGGCAUUGAUAAAGAUGAUUUGCAGCAUCUUGCUGCCUUCACUGAAGACCAGAUUACUCCUGCUAAUCUACCGUUUAUCCUGCGUCAAAUACGCAUUCUGAAGGACAAGAAAGCAACAUCAGUUCACUCUGAAUCUUUCCCAGAGUCCCAUUCUGUGAGAGCAGUAAGUGAGGGGGACAAUUAUGGCUCAUUUCGAACUGGAGGUGCAGUGAUGCACCAGGAGAAAACUUCAUCUGUUCUCCAGUCAAGCAAGGUGAUUGACUAUGGACAUACUGGCAAAUAUACAGCAGGGGUUGGGUUGGAUUUUGGAAGGGUAGGCGAUGGAGACAGCAGUGGUAGGACUGGCAAUAUGUUGGCCAUGGACAGUGCCACGAGCAGAUACAAGCCACAGUCUCUGGACAAAAGUAUUGCAGAGUGGAAAAGCAGUGCCUUUGGUUCUUCACGUGAGCAGGUGUCUUAUAUCAGUCCCAGCCCAUCAUGUAGUUUUGCAUUUAGCUCUGCACCUUCUCAAAGCAGUGAUCAGGCUCAACGAAUGAUGACCCAACUAAUAGACAUGCCCAGCUUACUCCCUCUGCAAAAGAAAGACAUAGACAUAAGAGGUCUCGAUUCUGAGGCUUUCAAGCCUGCUCCUCUGAAACAACCAGAAACAGCUCACCAGUCAACUUUAAAACCCCAGCAACCAUUCGCUUGGCCUCAUGAAAUGAAACCCACCCACCCUGGCCUAAUGCUUGUUGGCAGUAAUGAGGCCAGUGGUACAAAAGAACCAGUUAAAACCCAAAGGACAGUAGUUGUUGAACAUAUCAUUCGGAAGCAGAUAACAGAGAAGGAGAAGCCAAUUCAGCCAAAGAGAAUGCAUGAAACCUUGAAGCAGCAGAUGGAGCAGAAGAAGACUCAGCAGCAGACAGAGCAGAAGAAGACUCCGCAGCAGACGGAGCAGAAGAAGACUCCGCAGCAGAUGGAGCAGAAGAAGACUCAGCAGCAGAUGGAGCAGAAGAAGACUCUGCAGCAGACGGAGCAGAGGAAGACACUGCAGCAGACGGAGCAGAAGAAGACUCCACAGCAGACGGAGCAGAAGAAGACUCAGCAGCAGACGGAGCAGAAGAAUACUCAGCAAACUGCGCAGAAAAAGACUUACCUGACGUGGAAGACAGAACAGAAGAAGACUCUGCAGACCCCAGAGCAGCAAAAGCAGGGUAAGCCACAGAAGCCGACAGAGCAGACACAGGCUCAGCCAGCUGUAAAAAAGGAGACCCAACCUGUACCUCGCACAGGACAAACAAAGUCGUCUCCAGCUUCUUCUGCACAGACAUUUGUUCCUCUGGUUCCUCAUCCACUGAUUCCUGGACAUUCUCACCCCCUUGUUAAGCCUCCAUUUCUGCCUCAACCAACUACAGGCCUGGUCACCUACAAUCAUCUGGCGAGGGUGACCCCCAACACCCAGUCUUCAGCCAAGGUUCCGGUCUCCAAGGAUCAGCCAACGCAAGCCAUGAUUAAUGACUACGCUGCCAACCCACCAGGACUCUUUCCACAUACCUGUUCUCUGUGUGCCAAAACAUGUACUAAUAUGCAGGACUGGAUCUCCCACCAGAACAAUGGUCUUCAUCUCGAGAAGUGCAAAAACCUUCGAAGACAAUACCCUAAGUGGAAUGCUGAGCUUGAUAUUGUAUCAAGCACUGCAGGUAAAGAUGUUAAGCCCUCAUCCAAAACCUCCAAGAAGACUUCCCGACAUGAGAGAACCAGGCAUGACAGUCGUUCUCGGUCCAAGUCAAAAAGCCCCCGUCAUCACCGAGGCUCAGCGGGUGGAAGGGAUAAACAGCGCAGUCGAUCACGAUCGCCUCGCCACUCUAGAUACCAUCACAGGACUCGAUCAAGGUCUCGUUCUUGGUCACGCUCUCGGUCUCGCUCCCCCUGGCAUGAUCACCGGAUCUCCUCUCGGUAUAGAUCACGUUCAAGGAGCCCUGAUAGACAAUCUUCCACAAGACACCGCGACAGACGACGGUCAACCCCAACAAGGAGCCAUGAGAGGCGAACAUCACCGAGAAGGAAACGUGAGAGGCGAUUGUCAAGAGAUUCAGAGUCAUCCCCUGAACAAGAGAGGAGAAGAAGUACAGAGAGACUGGCUAAGAAACUUCUGGAAAGAUCAGGUGUCCAGUCACUGUCAGAUCAGUCUGACCUGGAGGCCGUGGUUAAAAGUCUCGCUCCUGCCUUGGUGGCAGAGCUGUCUAAGAUGAAAUCCUCCUCUUCCUCUGGCAAAGGACGGAAACGCUCCUCUUCUCCUCCAUCUGAUGGUAGAAAGAGAUCACCUUCCACUGCCUCAUCUUCCUCCUCAGCAUCAAAAAAAGAGUCGGCAACAAAUGUCUCUAAAGAAAAGAACAGUCAGCAGGAGGAGGAAUCUGAUAAAGAAUCAUCUUCAACCAUAGUGAAACUAAACGGGGUUCCUAAGAGUGUCUCUCACAGUAAGCUGCUGACUGCUGUUGAGCAGUUUGGAAGAACAAAGUCUGUUGUGAUGUUUCGGGCAAGGAUGGAGGCAAUCGUGACUUUUGAGGACGAGGAAAGCGCAAAGAAAAUAAAGACUUCAAAUCGCCUUUAUGUCGAAGGUGUCCCAGUCAUCAUCGUCGAUGGAGAGGAGAAUGUGUUCAAGGAGCAGAAUAGACAUCACCAAAAAUCUGUCGUGUCCAGUGCAUCUUCAGCUGAAUCAACUAGUGAAAAGGCUCCAUCAUCUUCAAUGUCCAAAAGUGAAAAGGUUGUGGUUUCAGAAGCUAUGAAUGUUUCAUCUGAGCAGACAGCAAAAACCUUAGAGUCUGGAACACUGGCUGACUCCAAAGAAAAGUCUACACCCACUGUUAAGAAACCUUUGACCACUGUAACUGCAGAAGAUGACACACUUCUGACCUAUGGGGAGAGGAUAAAUGAGGUCCUGCUGAAACGGAAAAUUCAAAGCUUAACUGCACAAGAAUCCCAGCGACGUGAUCGCAACUUAAAGUUGGAUCUGCAGAUCGGACACAAAAUCUGCCAAAGGAAAAGCGAGGGAUCAGAUGACGUCACUUAUGACUGCACUGUUUUCCUCAGAGGGCCGCCGAUGGGCAACAUCGAGAACAUCGUAGACAAUGUUGUCUUUGAGCUAGAAGACGUCAAAAUCAAGAGGGCUUUUCAGAAGCCUCCGUAUGAAGUCACACACUCGGGCCCUGCUUUAACCACCGUACACAUUCAUCUUCACUCCAAGAACAGGGGAUUCCCAAGGGGAAAAUCUUUCAAGUAUGGGAUACCCCUAGGCGCUGAGGGUGAAGGUGUACGUCACGUGUCACUUACUUUUAAAGACCCCUCGGAGAAAUUCAGGCAACAGCUGAUCGAAGCUGGAGCGGAUGCUGCGCUCCCUGGGUCCAGUCCACACUCCUCAGCAGAUAAGAAUAAUAGGAGGCUGUUGAUUCUAUCCGAGCUGCCCCCUUACAACAAUGGCUGUUACACCGAGGAGGAUAUUGCUAAUCUGUUGGUACCUUUUGGAUUUCGAUAUACAGAAGACUCUAUGUAUGUCAUUCCACAUGUGCACAUGGCUUUCUUUUUGAUGAACAAUGCCAAACAAGCACAGAAAAUGAUGGAAACCGCCCAAAAGUGUCCUCUUGUUUUACAAGGAGCUAAAAUGUGUGUCAAAGAAGUGAUCAACAUGGGAAUGACACCACUCGACUUCUAUACAUCUCUGAUGGGCCUCGCGGAAUUUCCUGUAGAAGAUAAUGGGACCAGAACCAUCCUGAUCAAGAACAUUUCACAAAGUGAAACCAAGGACCUCAGAGAAGCUCUGAAAAAAAUCGGUUCAGUCAGGAACUUUCUGCCUCUUCUUAACAAGGUGUAUGUUGAGUUUGACUCCGACCAAGAUGCUGAUCGGCUUGGAGUUUGGUACAGUUUCCAGAAACGAAACACCGAUCACAGAGUAUUCAGGCUCAAAGCACCAACCAGUGACUGUAUGCCACAGGCACCAAGACUUCCUGAGGCUGCUCUGCCUGACAAGGAUGUCUUUGAGGGGGUGACUGUCCCACCCACAGACAAAGAAAUUCCCCUGAGCAGCACUGCACCAUUUUGGGUCUCGCUUAGAAAUAAACCUUAUGUGUUCCCUACCGUUGCUCCUUGGUUCAACAUCCCAGAAUACCAGACUAUCAACGACAUGGCCGACAUGGAGAGGGUAAAGGAUUCUAACUCCACCACAAUCAUGUUGACUGGUUUGCCGAGAGAACACUAUGAACAUAAGGAUGUGGCCAGGCUUGUGUUGCCAUAUUUUACCAAGAAGACACUUCACUCCCUGUGCUACAACGUGACCGUCUUACCGCUGCAGAGAAGGGCAUUUGUGUUUUUUUCGGACUGGGCAACAUGCUGCAGUUUUGUCCAAGAUCACCUAGCAAAGCCUUUAAUGGUGAAGGACCACACACUUAAGAUCCAUAUUGUCUUGGAGCACAUGCAUCCUGAAUCCAGUGAGGAGAUGAUGUACAAAAGCCUGAUGAAGUGGAGCAAUGCUGGAGAUCCGGAUCCAAACGAUCUAGAGGAGCGGCUGCUUGUCGUCCACAUCUGUGAAGCCAACGUGAGCGUCUUCAGUGUGGCCCUAGAAGUGGUGGAGUUUGUUGCACCCGUUGUAAACUUCCUGGCACUCGCUGACAGGAUAUGCAUCGAGAUGGCCAGCCCCAGUGAUGUAGCCAAGGUGUUGGAAGUGAAACGAAGUUUCCGACCAAACAAUGCCCGAAAAAUGCCAUCUUGGUCAAAAGUUGUGCGUUUUGAGAGUGUGAAGAGCAUGAAACAGCAUCUAGAAAUUCGUGGAGAGACACCUUUAAAGUCAAAAUGGACUACAGCCUGUCCUGACAGGAAGUCCCCAGCUGAACUAUCAGAUGAUGGGUCACAGGCUGCACUGCAAGUCAGUGAACCUGAGGUAUCCACCACUGCAAGAUCAAGUUCUUCUGGCACAAAUGAGGAAGCAGAGACAGAGGAAGCCGAGAAGCCAGGCAUUGAGGUCUCCAUGGACGCCACUGCUGGUCCCAAUUCAGAUGAUGCCGCCUCAUCUUCAGUAGACAUACCAGGAGAAGACCUUGAGGAACUUCCUCAGAUUGACACAGAUACCUCACAGGCACCCACUGCAACAGUUCACCAGCACAAACUCGCCUUAGCAAGCACAUCUCAAAACAAGGUAGACAAGGUCCAGGAUGAUCUCAAAGAUGAUGUUUCUAAAGCUUCAGAUCUCACAGAUUUGCAGAAUUUAAACAUGGAUGACUUAGUCACUCUUGAUGAAGUUGGUGAUGAUGUUAAAGACCAAGAACCUGAACCUCAUCAUUCGUCCUCCAAGCGUUCUUCCCGAGGGAGAAGAGAAAGGCAGCACUCAGGCGAUGAGAAAGACUCCAAGGGGCCAUCCUCUUCCUCAUUGUCAACAAACAAGUCAAGUAAAAGCUCUGACUCAACCUCUGGUUCACCCGUUAAGUCUAAAGACUCAUCUGAGCACAGUAAACCCCCCUCAAAACCUUCAUCCCCUAGUCCCAGGAAGUCUUCUUCUCCUUCAGUGGUGACUGAAACUCCUUCAUCCAAGGAUAAGAGAACACAACGCAGCAGGACAAAGUCUCCCAUCAAGUCAUCCAGUACUACCUCCCGCCCUACCCGCUCAUCAGCUGCCACAAGAGAAAAAGACACAAGUAAAAGAACAGUUGAGGCCUCAGUACAGAGUCAUCCAGAGCAACUUAGUGAGAGAGGAAAAGAUACAGGACCCAAGGAAUCCCAGACUGUGCAUGAAGAAAGCUUUCAGAUCUUAGAUAGCAUUGAUUGUGAAGGAGAAGGCCAAACAGAGACGCACAGUGAAAUGGAAACUGAAGUUUCUCCCCCAGAUCAAGCAGCAGACAAAUCCAAGAAGACAGUGUUUAAAGUAGUAGAUUCUGUGGAUGACAAUCCAGUUCAGGAAAGGUCUGGUCAAAGAAGAAGCACAAGAGGAAAGAAAGGAGAUGACUCCAAAGAAGCUUCUGAAAAGCCUGACAAUGGCGAAGAAGCUACAUAUAAGAUAUUAGACUCUGUUGAAGAUGAGGCUGCCAGUGAAAAACCAGCCAUCACAACAAGAUCCAACAGAGGAUUGAGGGAAAGAAGCAAGACAGAUGCUUCAACUGAGAGAUCAGCAACAGAGAAGAUGCCAACAAGAGGGCAAACUCCGUCAAAAGAGUCACAAGACAAGGACAAGACACAGAAUAAAAAGAAGGAAUCCCCUCCGAAAGAGAGCACAUCAACAAAGAAGAGUGCUAGUGUUGAUAAAGAUCUGAGUGAAGAGGUUGCCACUUUUCAGGUUCUGGACUCUGUUGAAGAUGAGAUUCCCAAGGAUGAUCAGCCUGCGCCACGUGGGAAAGGUAAGAGGGGAAGACCUAAAAAGCAGGUCAAAUCGACUAAAAAAACAAAUAUGGUUGACAUGGAUGCACCUCAAAAAGCAGCUGAUGAAGAAGAGGUGACAUAUCAGAUUCUAGAUUCUGUAGUGGAAGAUUCAGUUAGUGAUCAUCCCCCAGUAGACCAGUCUGCAAGUUCAGCUGAGGGGAUCAUCUCAAGAAAUGUGGACCCAGAAAAACAGAAUACUGGAUCUCUGGAAGAAACUACCAAAAAUGAAGAGGAAACCAAAACUGUGUACCAGAUUGUAGAUGUUGUGGAAGAUGAUCAAGUUCAAGAGGAGCUAACAGCCACAGAGGAGUCCAAUAUUGCAAGAACAGAAAUAUCUUCAACAAGCAAAUCCCCUGAUAAAGCAGAUGAAGAUCUGAGUGAAGAGGUUGGCACUUCUCAGGUUCUGGACUCUGUUGAAGAUGAGGUUCCCAAGGAUGAUCAGCCUGCGCCACGUGGGAAAGGAAAGAGGGGAAGACCUAAAAAACAGGUCAAAUCGACUAAAAAAACAAAUAUGGUUGACAGGGAUGCACCUCAAAAAGCAGCUGAUGAAGAAGAGGUGACAUGUCAGAUUCAGGAUUCUGUAGUGGAAGGUUCAGAUAACGAUCAUCCCCCGGUAGACCAGUCUGCAAGUUCAGCUGAGGGGAUCAUCUCAAGAAAUGUGGACCCAGAAGAACAGAAUACUGGAUCUCUGGAAGAAACUACCGAAAAUGCAGAGGAAACCAAAACUGUGUACCAGAUUGUAGAAGCUGUGGAAGAUGAUCAAGUUCAAGAGGAGCUAACAGCCACAGAGGAGUCAAAUAUUGUAAGAACAGAAAUAUCUUCAACAAGCAAAUUCCCUGAUAAAGCAGAUGAAGAUCUAAGUGAAGAGGUUGUCACUUCUAAGGAUCUGGACUCUGUUGAAGAUGAGGUUCCCAAGGAUGAUCAGCCUGCGCCACGUGGGAAAGGAAAGAGGGGAAGACCUAAAAAGCAGGUCAAAUCGACUAAAACAACUAAUAUGGUUGACAGGGAUGCACCUCAAAAAGCAGCUGAUGAAGAAGAGGUGACAUGUCAGAUUCAGGAUUCUGUAGUGGAAGGUUCAGAUAACGAUCAUCCCCCAGUAGACCAGUCUGCAAGUUCAGCUGAGGGGAUCAUCUCAAGAAAUGUGGACCAAGAAGAACAGAAUACUGAAUCUCUGGAAGAAACUACCAAAAAUGAAGAGGAAACCAAAACUGUGAACCAGAUUGUAGAUGUUGUGGAAGAUGAUCAAGUUCAAGAGGAGCUAACAGCCACAGAGGAGUCCAAUAUUGCAAGAACAGAAAUAUCUUCAACAAGCAAAUCCCCUGAAAAAGCUAAUGGAAAGGAAGACACUCCUGUUAGUUGCACCACAGUCACAGAAGCAUCUGAGAAAGUGGUUGUCAAAAAGGAAAGUCCCAGUAUGAUAGUUGAUGAUUUAAAAGAGGUACAUGAAGAUCCAUCAGUUAUAGAAGGGUCUGCUACCACUGAGAAAGAAAAGACACCCAUGACAGACAAUGAGACAAAAGAAGUACUGUCCACAUCCCAGAGUGACACUGUCAUACUUGAAAAAGACAGCAAAGAGAAAUCACCCGAGAAAGAACUGACAACAAGCACUCUGAAUCUGGACAAAGUUCGUGAUGAGGAGGAGGAUUUCCCCGAUGACACAGCAGAAGAGGAAGAACUGAGGAAACGAAAAGAAGCUGCAAGAGAGAAUCCACUCGACAAGGAACAGGAAGUCAGUCAAACCAGGGGGAGUAGAGGCCGUGGCAGCAGCAGAGGACAGGGCAAUAGGGCAGGGAAGAGUCAGGAGAGGAAAAAAGGAAAGAAAGAGGAGAAGGAUUUGGUUGAUUCCCAGGAGCUGGUCACUCUUGACGAAGUUGGACCAGAUGACGUGGCGGAGGGAGUGCAAGACAAUCAAGACAAGGAUGGGAGGAUCAAGGAGGGAGACCUUCCGUCACUCGUCACCCUUGAUGAGAUUGUGGAAGAGCAGGCAGAAGGACAAGCUGAACAAAGUAUGCCUAUAACGCAGUCAGUGAGCCAGGAGGACAAAUCAGGGAACACCUCAAACCAGGAGACUUUGGAGACUUUAGAUGAAGCUGGCGUUGCUGAAGAAGAGAAAACUGAUGAAAAGCAAACUGAGAAAAUAUCAGGACCAAUGAAGCGUAAGCAUGAUGAUGACAAAGAAGACGGUGAGAACGUCUUGGUGGUGGACAAAGUUGAAGAGGCUGACGGUGAGGAGGAAAAAGAGGUGUUAACACCCAGGAAAAGAGGACGGGCCAAGAGAGCCAGGCAGACUCCUGUGAGAAAAUCCACCAGGGGGAAAGCUGUGAGCACUGAAGACAAACGAGAAGAAGAAAAGAAACCUACCGAAGAGCUGCUCCCUACUCUUUUACCUGCAGCCUCCUCCUCCUCAGUGGACAAAGACUCAUCCAGUCUAUCAAAGGACAUUAAAGUGGAGGUCCAGGUGACAGCAGAGGCUGAACAGGACAUCAACAGUGCCUCUGCUGGACCAGAGCCGCAACAGGAAAACAAAGCACAGGAGGAAUGUGUGGAGGAAAAAGGGGUGAAGGAGAGAGAGGAGAGGUGCCAGGCAGAUGUGAAAGUUCCCACUAAACGGACUAGUGAGCUUCAUGGAUCUGAAGCAAAGCGAUCUCGUUCUCAGUCUCCCUCUGUCCCUGCAGACUUCAAACUACCAGAAUUCAACCCCAACUGUCCCCUUGGUCAGGAAUUUGUCGUCCCUAAAUCAGGUUUUUUCUGCAAUCUCUGCGCUGUUUUCUACUUGAAUGAGAAAUCCGCCAAGGAGCUUCACUGCAGCAGUCAGAAACACUACGACAACCUGAAGAAAUAUUAUCAGAAGAAUCAACAGAAAUCAUUGAGAAGUUCACAAGGUUCUAUCUUUGAAUGAUCCAAACAUCAGCAACCUUUUUUAAGAAAACUGCAAAGAAGAAAGUGAACUAAAAAAAAUCAGCGUUAUGGAUGAUCGCUGAGGGGCUUCCUGUCAAAUCAACCUGUGGAAUUAUUCAGAAGUAAAAUGUUUGAAAAUGUUUCAGAAAUGAGGCUCCAGUCUCUCCAAACACAUGAUGUGUAAAGCUUCACUGUUCUCUGUAAUAUAAAGGGGUUUCUUUUGUAUUUUAUGACAAAGUUAUGUUUUUAGUUCAGUCUUCAUGUUUCUUAGAUGAAAAUAAACACCUUACUGAUUACACAUUAAUUAAAAAAAUGUAUUUUGCAGUUGUAUCUUAGUUUCUUCUAGCAAAACUCACCUGAUCCCGCAACUUUGAUAGAAAAUAGCUUGUCUGUUCUCAUUCAAACACCACAAGUUCACUAAUUUUACUGACAUUUCUUUAAACAAGGGUCCAUAAUGAUGGAUGAGUUCUGUUUAGCCGUUUGAUUAUUUUCAACAAACAUCAAUAAAACUGAGCUUCUUAAAUGUUUUCUAUGGAUUCCUUUUAACAUCAAAUGUUGUAUUUUUCUUCUCUAUGUAGAAAGAACUAAUAGAUGAUCCUGUUCAUAUCUAUGGCAUUUGAAUGUUGAACUUUGCAUUACUUUCAGUUAUUAGUGGGCACUUUUAUUGUUAUUUUCCACUGUUGUAUGAAGUGUCAAUGUGUUUUUCUUGGUUUGAAACAUUGAAAUUUUUUAAAUACAGUAUUAAACAUACUUAACAGUUA